AUGGAAAUGGAAAUCGGCUUCGACUCCGACGAGGAGGAGCAAGACGUCUAUCCCGGCCUGGUUACCAACAUUCACGCCCCAGCUUACGAUCCCGACACGGUUCUAACCCUCUUGCCGCACCAACGACCUCAGGUUGUCCUCGUUGAGGUCAUCGAAGCUCCUCAAGUCGAAGAAUAUACUCACGCUUCUGUGCCUUCCCCCACCAAAGACAAGAAAGUCCUUCUCGUGGCUAAGAUCAUGGACCACCAGUGUUACAACCGGAAGACUGAUUGGACCGAAGGUCCGUACUCGCGACCCGAGCUCGUCGAUCACCAUUUCAGCCUCGAACUGGCCGUUUAUCAACAUCUUUAUCUCACGACAAAGGACAAAGACUUUGAGGACAUCCCUGGACGCAAAAAGAUGACUGGAGCUUCUUCCUUUGCCCCCGAGUUUUACGGCUCCUGGGUCAUCCGGCACCAGUCCACGCAGUCCGACACAGCAACCAAUACCCCCGCCCAUGAAAUCGAAGCCGGCCCGAGCAGCCGCAUCGCUUCAGGCAACGAAAGAUUCGUCGGAGUCAUCCUCCUCGAGCACAUAGAUGGAUAUUCCAUCCGAGACUAUUGCAGUCGUAAGGGACCUGACGGAACCCUCAUACCUCGCACAGAGUCCAGGCCAGGAAGGCCAUCCAUGCCCCAGCUGAAUGACCGCCUAGAGGUGCUUAAGCAAAUCAUCGACGGAAUUGUAAGCCACCUCCACGUCGGAGUCACACACGAGCAUUACAACACCAGAGACUUCCUCAUCGUUGAGAAGAGAGGUGAGCUCCCGAGAGUCGUAAAGGUCGGCCACGCACUCUCCACAGUUUGGCGUUGGACCCGAGAGGCGAUCAAGUACAAAGAGCCGCAGACCGGAUACAUGCAACUGCCUAGACCAAUUCAUCCUCUGAAUUGGGUCAACCUUCGGAUGAGCAGCUUUUACUUUCUCGAAGAUUGGUACCCAACAGAAUGGUCGGACGAAGGCGACAAGGACAAGAGCACAUCCCUGUUCGGCAAGUGGUUGCUAGAAACGUUUGGCGAGGAGGCCGAGGACGUUCCUGGCUAUCACUACUCGGUCUGGUCAACCUACCAGAACAAGAUGAUCGCAGAGGAUGAGGCGAUGAUCGCUGCGGAUGAGGCUGCAGAGCAAGCAGGCGUCUCCGGCCCCGAGGAAGCGUCCCAGAAUGACACCGCCUCGGGCCAAGACUCUGGCCAACCCGAUGUUGAGAACACCAGCGCUUCGGCAUCCGAGAACCUGACCUCAAAGGUUUCUGGCAUCGAUACAUCAACUGCGGCAGCUACAACCGUCGACUCGGCAAGUUCAGAAAUUCUUCAGCAGUGGCUGGGGCUUUCUACCCUCUCCAUUUCGGGACAGCAGCAGGUCGAGAGCAAGCCGGGUGUAGACGAGAAGGCCAAAUAA